GGAGCCACACACAUUCUCCGCCCCUUCGUCCUCGCCUCUCUAGGAUUUCUCUGUCUCUGUGGUCAGCGUUGGCGCUGCCUCCCGUCCCAUAAGGCUCCGGGUCGGAAGCUCUUUCCUCUCUUCCGGUUCACCACCAUGGCGCAAGAUCAGGGUGAAAAGGAAAAUCCCAUGCGGGAACUGCGCAUCCGAAAGCUAUGCCUCAACAUUUGUGUUGGGGAGAGUGGAGACAGGCUGACUCGGGCAGCCAAAGUGUUGGAGCAGCUCACAGGCCAAACUCCAGUGUUCUCCAAAGCUCGUUACACCGUCAGGUCUUUUGGAAUCAGGAGAAAUGAGAAGAUUGCUGUUCACUGUACAGUCCGAGGGGCCAAAGCCGAAGAGAUUCUGGAGAAGGGCCUGAAGGUGCGAGAAUAUGAGUUAAGGAAAAAUAAUUUCUCAGAUACUGGUAACUUUGGCUUUGGGAUCCAAGAGCAUAUCGAUCUGGGCAUUAAAUACGACCCAAGCAUUGGCAUCUAUGGCUUGGACUUCUAUGUGGUAUGUAUGGGCUCUUACAUUUCAUCUCUUUUCAUUCUGUAGCUCUUGCUUCUGUUCUCUGGGUGUUGGGGUGACAUUUAGCAGCUCCCCCUUUCUGUGAAGGGAAUCCAACAUCUCCUCUAACAAAGUUCUCAUCAGGGAGGUACAAUGGAAUGUAUGUUCAGUUCAGUUACCAGCCUUCAUCUCUAUUCCCAACUCCCAUACUAUUUAGAGAUAGUAAACAGUGGUGCUGGGAUGCUAACAUUUGCAAUUGGCUAACAAACUAUGGCCUUGGGCAGGUCAGCCGGUCCCAGUCGAUAAAAUGAGGUAUUAUCCAGUGGUUGUAAAUGUUUUCAAUUCUACAAAUAUCCCUUUGGACUGUAAAUACAGUACAGAAUGGGUCACUGAUAAGUCUGGAAAAGUCAGGAGGAGGUAUUCAAACUCCCUUUGGAGUUUGAAAACGUCAGGUUUUUAAAUGCAAUCUUCCUCAGAAGACCUGGGUUCUCCCUUCUUUCCUACUUAGUUCAUGCCUCUAUGACUUGCUCCAAUACCCUUCAUUUGUGCCCAUCUUGUCUUCUUUGCUCCUGGGCUCUCCAUGCCCUUGUACCUUCUAAUGACUUUCAUGGCCAGCUGAGCCCAACAGGGGAGCCCAGUCUGAGCCUUAUUCCAUGAUUCUGUUCUGGCUCAAUGCUCCGGUAGGUGCAGAAGUUCAUGCCUUAUUAAGUAAGUCAUUUAAAUUCUCUGAACCAUUAUCAUGUGUAUAAUAUGAGAAUAAUACUUGAACUCCCCCUUUUCCCCUUUCUCUCUUAGUUGUGAGUAAUGUACUUGGUCACAAACUGUAGAAAGUGGGUUGUGAUUAAUUGCAGAGUCAGAACCAGCCCUUUUUGCAUUUCUGCCUUUUUAGCCAGGUGUCUUUAGCUCAUAGGCUGGUUAGAUUAUUGCUUCCUAACCGGAUUCCAUAUGCACAUGAAUAAUGCUGGUUUGCUAAAUACCUUGCAAGCUGGAAAUGAAAGUGGGCAUUGAGGAAGAGCUUGGCAUAUUUUUGAGAUUUUUGAGGACCUGUGCUGUCUGUGGGAGUUAAACUAGGGAGGGAUUGGUGAUGUGGAAUCAUAGCCCUUCCGUUCUCCAAAGAACACUGAACAUCCCAUCCAGUGCCUUCGUUUAUAGUUAAGAAACUUAAAGCUAGUUUGGGGAAACAGAUUGGUAGCUGCAGGACCUGCUUUUCUGCUGGAGGAGGGCUCCAGCUUUCCUAGCCAUGUGAGUUUCUAGAUGAUGCUUCAAUCUUGUUGAUAGCAAGUUGAUUAUUGGCUGUUUAUGGAAUAGGUGCUGGGCAGACCCGGGUUCAGCAUUGCAGACAAGAAGCGCAGGACAGGCUGUAUUGGAGCCAAACACAGAAUUGGCAAAGAGGAAGCCAUGCGCUGGUUCCAGCAGAAGUAUGAUGGCAUCAUCCUUCCUGGCAAAUAAAGACCUGUUUUCUAUUAAAAGAUCAAUAAAAUGAUCACUGAA